GAUUCAUAUUAUUAUUAAUAUUAAUGGCAUAUGUCUAAAUAGAUAUAUUUAAAUACAUCUAUUUUGUUUUAAUUGUCACGGUUUAAUUUAACAGUCAUAAUUUGGAACAACAAUUUUUCGAACAAACAGUUGCUAUCAAAAGCUCGUAAUUCGCUCUUCAAAUAAGUUAGGAAUUCUGUAAGGAUAUUAGUAGCAAUCAACAUACCUCUGCAGCUUAUUGAUAAGUCGAAAUUUUGUCUGUAACUGCCAUACAGUCCAAAUUUAACAGCUUAUCCUCAUUAUUUUAUGGUUCAUCUCAAGUUUAUUAGUUAAAUAUUUCACUUUAUAUUCAGUAAUUUAUAACAACAGAUAACUUCAUCGAUAUGGAAGAUGAAUUGAUUGCAAAAUACCAGAUAAAAGAGUUAAGAGUUGUACUAGUUAGAUGUGAUGAUAUACUAGUAUCAAAUUAUGAAGCGAAAAAUAUUACUGAAAUAAAAAUUGAAGACCAGAUUGAAAAAUCACAUGUAAAGGAUACUUUUGUAGAUUAUGACCAUUCAUUUACGCCAUUCUCUGUCAAAAAAGAUGGGAAAACAUGUUCUUACUGUGUUAUGAAAUAUUCUGAAAAGAAGAAAUUAUAUGAUCAUCUGAAACUGAGCAUGGAGGAUAGCUUGUUUAGAUGUGAAGUAUGUAAUAUAGCAUUCAAACGAGACCCUGAUAUUAUUAUUGAUUUAGAAAGGGAUUGGAAUAAACGUAUUAAAUGUGAAAUCUGCCAUAUUAUAUGUUGAAUCAUUAUAAACUUGAAGCACUACAAUAAGAUUCCUAUGAUCUUAACAUCUUAGAUUUUUUUCCCAAAGAAGUAUUUGGCUAAUUGGAAACAUUAUAAUAAACAAUUUGGAAAAUAAUCAAAUUUUUAACUAGUAAAAAAAAAAUAGA